CUUUCAUUUCCUGACACGCGUAGUUGUUUAUUUUUUUAUAUUUCGUCCGUUUCUACAUUCCCUUCGUUGAAUCAUUGAUGCGCCCUCUUCUCUCAGCCCUGUAGCAAUUACUAACGCCACUAACUGACAAUGAAAUAUGGAUAUUACUUGAACAAGAAACGAUCACGCGCGACUGCGAAGCGAACGCUUCGGAGGGCGUCGAACGGCCGCCAGCCGCGCUUCGACCCGCCGGUCACGUGACGCCGCCGCACCGCGGCGACGCGUGCAGUGCCCGACGGCGGCAGAAGCUGCAGCGCGCACUGCCGACCGCAGCAUGUUCGCUCUCGUGACGCCGUCACCACCGCCGCCGCCGCCGCCGAUUAUACUCGUGCAGCAGCAACGGGAAGCGUCGCCACGGUUGCGACGCCGCAACAGGGACAAGGCGUUCCCCGUCGAGGAGUUCGUGGACGCCGUGCAGCAACACCGCUUCCUCUUCGACCGCAACGAGCCGGAAUUCAAGAACGUCGCCAUGAAGGAGGCCAUGUGGGAAGCCAUCGGUCAGCAGUUCGGAAUAUCAGGCAACAAGGCGAUGAGCAAGUGGCGCAACAUGCGUGACAAGUACUUCAAGCUGCGCAAGCAGGAGCUGCUGAACCGGCGCCUGUGCACGCCGCGCUUUCGGAAGCCGGUCAAGGUGUGGCCCUUCUACCACGUGAUGCGCCAGCUGUUCGAUAGCAAGAACACCGCGACGCUGGAAGACUCGCAACCGGAAGCAGCCGGAGGCCAGGAAGACUUGGUGGCUGAGCUGGCGUUUGACCCCGCCUGGAUCACGAACAGCAAUGCCGACGCUCACGACCCCGAGUUGGCUUCCAUCAUGACCUUGCACAUGGAUAACGGGACAGCGGUGUCGGUCAAGCAGGAGCCACCGGACGAAACGGAUGCAUCAGAACACGAAGCCAGCAACCUGGUGGUCUCUGGCGGCAAAGAUGGGCCAGCCGUGGACAGUGAUCACGAAGACCUGGAGACGCUGGCAUCACUGCAGCGCAGCAUCACAGUGGCCAGGGCACUCUUUCACAAGCGGCGCAAAGACUUCAAGAAUGCCGUUGAGUCGUUCGAGCCCCGUCCGGCUUCUGUUGAAACCUCCGAUCACCCAGGCGGAGACUGUGACACCCUCCAGUGCGAUGCGCGCACACAGACGCUAACACCCCCGCCUGUGACAGCUGAAGACGGCCUCGAACAUUUUGGUCUCUUCGUGGCCCAGAGACUGCGCAUGACGGACCCAGUGACGCAAGCACGUCUCAUGUCAUCCAUCUUAAAGCUAGUUGUCGAAGCACCAAGUGGGCUUUCAGAAUGAUUGUGCGAAUGUUGUCUUCAGCAUCGCUUUCCAAUUGCAUUGCCUACUAUGAAACAAAAAGGUGCAUUGCUUAGUGGGUUCAUCCCAUCGCCAGUAAGAAUGCUCAUAAUGAAAAAAAAAAUUUAUGCAGACAGAAUGCAAUGUUGGCACCUAAACGAAACGAAGCUUUUGCGAUAUUGACCCUUUUCACAGAGCAAUUUGUUCUAUAGGAACGAGAUGGUGCUUUCAGCAGCGCGCCGCAUGUCGCGCGACAGCACAUACAUACGAAACCAUCACGGCUUUGACCUUGCUUCUGUGCCAUCGGCUGUCGGAAAUGCAACUAAGUUUUUGCUGAUUCACUGUGCUGCAAUCAUGCCGAAUUGAAUCAUGUGAAUUGAUGACAUGUGCAGUAGUCGGCUGCAAAAAUAGUGAGUAGCGUAUUAAGGAAUGGGAUAAAUCUGUGUAGCCAAGUUCGCGGACCAUUUCUGCAACUGUCCGUACAUGCUACAACACUUCAAGAUGUACGGCUUUCUUCAAGGAUGCAGAAAUUUGUUCAUCCGCCCGCAUUGUAUCGCUAACCUCCAAAGAAAGUGCUUCAGCCCUGGAACAUUGGCAUGAGUGAGUACCACUCGUUAAACAAUGACAAAGACAAUAGCACCACUUCCUGUCAUAGUAUGUUUUAUGCACAGUAUCUAUACUCGCAGACAACUUUCUGUGGCUAUGAAGGGAAAGCUACGGAGGCAAAGUGCACACAAGUAAGAGCACUUCUGAAAAGAAACCCGCGUUUUAGUCCACAUUAGUUUAGGCUGAAGAAAGUAAAACAUAAACAGGUACACAAGCAACAGGUAAAUAAGACAGAACACACCACUGAGUUUAAAGGUUUACUUAUUUUGCAGCUUUGCCCUUCUGCAUCUGGGCAACGUGAAACUUAUUGCACAUGGAAGCUGUGUCAAUUCAACGUCUGUUCCGAGCAACCAAAAGCACUGUCAAACGCUGCCAGACUGCUUGGCACGGUAAUAUAUGUGCAGCUUCCAUGAUCCCGUAGCUUUCCCUUCAUAGCCACAGAAAGUUGUCCACGAGUAUACAGUGAAACCUCAUUAAACCGUAGUUGUCCGAAGCUCGGAAAAAGUAUGUACUAAACGGUAGUACUGCUUAACCGAAAUAGCAUGAGAUUGCCCACUUACCUGUCGAAAAGGGAACUCAGAGAGAGUGCGAUGAAAGGGGAAAAAGACAUGCAGUAUUUAUUCACUUCGCGCGACAAAAGUGUUUUUUUUUUUUCGUUUGAUGCCGCGGCGGCCUAGUAGCGACGAGAGGGGCCUCAAACUUUUUGAAGCUGCAAGCCAGCUUUUCAGCCAGCCCCCUAUUAUCGGCAAACACUCACAUGGCAGAUUCCUCGUUUGCGUUGCAUAUUCUCUGUGCACGGGUGCGGUAGCGUUGCAGAAGUCGCGGGACGCCUUUUUCAUUGUAGGGUGCUGUUCUCAUCAUUACGAUUGUAUUCAUGAGGCUAACGUAACGCGCAGCUUUUGCCAAUGUCGGGCCUGAAUCGCCCAUGCUGUCACUUCUUGUGUCGUCCUCAUCACUGUCGCUAGGUGACACUUCGGCAACAACAGAGGCAAUGAUGGCGAAAAGUCAAACCUCGUAGGCUACAUCUCUUCGUGGUCGCAGCAGCGCUGCCGAGCAACUUCUUCGCAUUCCAAAUGCCGUACACAGUAGUCAACAGUAGACCCGUGUCGUGUGCCAGCUUCUUCGUGUCAUGUUCGAUAGCACGAACGGUACCUAAUUUUUCUUCUAUGCUGAGCACACGGCGUCUUUUUUUUGUAUCCUAGCUUUGAUAAUAAUGCGAGUCCUUGUUUGCGCGACGCCGCAACACUCUCUGGCACGGCGGCAAAAUGAUGUUGAUGUGCCUUCACGCACAAAUGCACAGGACGCUUGGAGGCCGUUCUGAUCUCUGAGGCUUGUUGUUCUGCCAGGCCGCCUGAUGGAGACGACAUACCACCGUGUUUGCACGACGAAAAGUGAAAACACUACGUGUUAACCGAUACGUAUUCAAUAAGCCGGUACGCUUUAUGCAGAUACAAAACACAUCAUGUUCAAUGGCCUUUGAGUCGGGGACUUGACUUUACUACUUUUAAAACGAAACUACUGUUUAAGUGGGUACGGUUUAACGAGGUUUUACUGUACACACAUUUACCCCAACUGGCACGAAAUAUUAUGCUCACUCUAUCGCCAACAUGUCAGUAAGUGAAUGGGUGCACACUUUAAUAUAUGCACACCAUACACGCACCAUAAAUGACGGACUACAACGAUAGUGCACGAAUGGUCGAAGCUGAAUGUUUCGCGACAAUCUACAAGAGUCGGCAAGUUACCAGCGAUAAUACAUCUUUCCCACAAGGUAUUACAAUGGACAAAUAGGCUAUGUUUUAAGCCUUGCACCCAGCAAGAACAAAUCUAUCUGAACUGAGCACACCCACGAGCGAUUAGGCAGAAAUAAUCAGACAGUGAUGGCACCAAGGAAAUUUACUGAAUCAAAUGUGAUAACCUGCUGCUUAAAAAUAUUUGGCAAAUAAAAAACAAAGAGCAAAACACACUAAUCCUGAUUGAAUUCAUGAGCGGAAAGUUUGGAUAGCUCGGAAUACAUAUUUAGCCUUGCUUUUAAAACAAGCACCAUAUAUCUUGCUCGCGCCAUUUGGACAUAGCUUAAUCAGCUUCCAAAACACUUUUGCAUGUUCUCUGAAGCUGUGGCCAAAGCUUUGUGUCGUCCACCCAUUCACCAUCUACGAUAUCUCCUGAAACAGAGGUUUGCUAAGCCGCACCACUGUCAUACACACUCAUUGUAAGUGCGGAGGCAACGGAGGCAGUAGAGGCAAGCAAUGGAUGCGUCACCAUGUGAUCAAACAUGUUAAUGCCCACAGUAUCGCCGUGAAAAGGGUCAAUAUAUUUUCAUGUGCUUAUCAAAUGUCACGUAAGGUCAAUGUGAAUGUCGCAAGCAGAGUUCACUGAAGGUGCAAAUGUGGAACUUCGACAAGAAUGCUGAACUGUGAGUUAAGAGCAAAUGCGUUUAUAUUUUUUCUCGCAAGGUAGUGUCUUGGAGCGUAUACAAGUCAUGCUUUUCUUACAAAUCAUGGAAGUGAAUUAUUUGCAUUAAUAGUAUGCACAAUAUAUACUGGAUUUUGAGGGUGCAACUUUAGAGGGUGCAUGGUCGAAGAUGGGGCACAGCGAUGAAGCUGUUGCAAGCCCGCACAACCGUCACAGGAGUUUCGUGUGCUCCUGCACGCAAAAAUAGUGGCAUGCAGGAUACGCGCAAACAAAUACGUGGUGGCAAACAUGUUAAGGGCAUAUUGAGAGGCGAUAUCAAUGCAAGACUGUAGGUGUCCUUCAUAAAAUAGAGGGCCCACAUUGUCAAGAUUGGGUAGCAGGGUCAGAGGACUUCGAGCCGCUCCUGCAUUCCUGUAUGAUCUACUUCAGUUUGAUGAAGCUCUCAGUAUGCAACCCCUACCUCCCCUUCCUUCCUGCCAAUGCAGACCAACUCUGAUGCCAUUGUGGGGCAUGCUUAACUGAGAAUAUGUGGUUGUUGAGAAUAUGUGGUUAGAUGGACGACGUUCGACUGCAUCACGACAGACGAUGGAUUCAGGAAACUACUAGAAACGCAGGAUCCACACACGCCAUCUUGUGAUCAUGGUCGAGAAUUUCAAUCCGCGUCAAACUCGAUUGCGAUUGAAAGUGACCAUGUAAGACCUUUAUGGCCACUGCUAGCUGCCACAGCUGACUGUCAAACAAACCAGCUAAGUGCAUUCAUUCAGCGACCUCUUCCUUCGUGGGGCAGUGAACCAUGUGUGCUUGUGAGUACUUGCCACAUUGUGUUCAGGGAACAAAAGCGCCUUUGUGAUUGUGUGUGCCCUCGCCCUGAAGGUGGAGUCUUUGGCGACUUCGAACACUCCGAUUGGAGGAAGGUGUCAUUGACGGUUUCUCUGGCCUAUGAAAGACAGAGGGGACUUAAAGGGCCAUCUUGUGUGCUAGCAAGUGAGCCCCUCCAGUCAUUUAGUGUGGUCAGACAGAAAGAUGUGUAAGUGCUCCCAUAACGAUGUAGCUGCAGGCUACAAUUUUAUGUAAUGUGCUCUGUAGUUUUGCCAGUAUGAGUUUUUUUUUUUUUCUGUAAGCAAGCUUUCCUUUAAUUCUAUGUAAAUAAACCCUUUGCUUCAUUU